UAAAGCCUGCCGUAACAAGCUCUUCGACUGCAGAGGUUACUGGGCGGAGUGGGUUUUCUUCCUUGUCAAGAUGGCGGCUCCUCUGACACUACUUUUGAUUGUAGCUGUUACUAUCCGUGCAGCCCUGUACAGAUCCAGUUUAGCGGACCUAAUUUCGGAAAGAGUGGAGGUGGUGUCUCCGCUGACAGCCUGGAAGAGAGUUGUUGAAGGUUUGGCUCUGCUUGACUUGGGAGUCUCGCCGUACUCUGGAGAUGUUUUCCAUGAGACCCCACUCAUUAUUUACCUCUUUCACUUUUUGGUGGACUAUGCAGAGAUAACAUUUAUGUUGGCAGAUGUGAUCACUGCUGUGGCUCUCUACCUGGCAGUGAAGGAGUACAACAAGCAAGUGUUCAGAAAGCAGAAAUAUGCCUUGGAGGCCGAUCGCUAUCCCCUCGACUGUCUGGAGCUCAUCAGAAGCCCCAAAGAAAUGUUCUACAUCCCUCUGAAGGUCGCUAUGUUGUAAGUACCACA